GAGACAAGCACAUAGUUAAAGAUCUGGGCUUCUGCACAUAGUUAAAGUUAUAUAAAUAUGAAGACUAUGGAGGAAAAGGAGGAAGAUAAAAGCAGGCACAAGAGAUGGAUGCAAACUACUAAAGCAUUGUUAGGUGCUGUACGUAAAGAAACAUGUCAACCUUAUAGCAUUCCCGUUGUUCCAGAUGACCUUCGCAAAUCGAAUGAGAGUGCUUACAUGCCAAAAGUUGUUUCCAUUGGUCCCCGAUACAAGGGUAAGAAGGAGCUAUUACCAAUGGAAGAGAUCAAAUGGCGCUGCGUUACAUCUCUUCUAAGUCGAACAUUUGGGCAAGAUACAAUUGAAACGUGUCUAGAAACAGUUAUAGAUUUAGAUGCAACUGUUCGUGCAAGCUACGUUGAUGUAAUCGCAUUGGAAAGGUAUGAGCUGGCCACAACUAUGGUAUUUGAUGGCUGUUUUCUUUUAGAACUUCUCAUUUGUGAAUCAAAGUUGGAUUUAGAGAUACCAAUUCCAUUUAAUGGCAUUAGUCCCGGAAUAGAAGUUAAAAAGAUGGAGUAUGUCGUAAGUGAUCUGAUGCUACUGGAGAAUCAAAUACCAAUUUUUAUUCUCGAAAUGUUGUUUGUAAAGCUUCUUGGUUCGUCUAACCAAAUGCGUGAGUUCAUACAAAAUCUAGCUCUGCCUCUCUUCGGCUACGCAGGAAAAUUGAUGGUUAAAUCCACCUCUCACUUCCUUGAUGUUGCUUACUCCUACAUUGAAAUGGGGUGGAUGGAUAAUGAGAUAGAGGAUAAUGAAGUCCCAAAGCAACCUCAACAACUGCAAAAGCAACCUCAGCAACAUCUGAAUCGAUGUGCUACGAGACUCAAAGCUGCUGGUAUUACCAUCCUAAGUAUGAAAAAUGAUGAUGAUAUAAACUUUAAACUUACCACUCAGUUCGACAAAAAUAAAGGGAUACUACAAAUCCCAAGGCUAACUAUCACGCAGACAACAGAAGUAAAAUGGCGGAGUUUCAUUGCAUGGGAGCAUCAUAAAAAGAAAUUGAAGAAUGGUUCUUCUUCUGUUGCUGACAGGCGUAGUAUAUGCACUUCCUCUGCCUUGCUUUUCAGGGAUUUGAUAUGUUGUUCAAGUGAUGUUCAACUUCUCAAAGACAGGAGAGUUAUAGUAGACCAAACCAAAAAGAGCAAUCGAGAUCUGGUGGAUUAUUUCCAUUCAGUGGCAAGUGGAGUUGAUGGUGGCAUUAUCGACCACAAACAUAUCACCAUGUUUCAUGCCUUGAGCGCAUUUCCCACAAAAAAUUACGCCACCAAAAUCUUCAUAUUACUGAGCCAUUAUUUUAGCAAACUCUUAGAUUGGUGCUACGGUAUUUACCAUUUUUUAAAGCGCGGUUACAACUUUGCUGCUGCCAUACUUUCUUUACUCACUGUUAUCCAGACUUGUUACGCAGUCCUCGCCUAUCACUUUCCCAAACAACAGAAUUAAACACGAGUGAUGAAAUGAAGAAGAAAUAAAAGAUCCAAAUUAGAACAUGAAGCUCUUCAACAUCAACACAUGUUCAACAAAAGGGAAAUCACAAAGUCGAAGAAGUAUCGUUGUAAUGUAGUGUGCCUAGGAUUUGUGGCGAACAUACAAGUCGUAGGGAGUUUAAGAAUUUUCUAUAUAUAGUUAUCAAAGUCUAUGUAAUAAGGGCUGCUUAAUUCCAGAAAUCCACGUCUAACUGAAUCAACAGUCAGUUAUUUAAGUAUGCCACUUAUUUUUAUGUCCAAUUUAACUUCAGUUUCAUUUCUAUUUCAAUGUUUAUGAUUUCUGCAA